AUGGCGACCGACGGCUCCGACCCAAUUCCUCCCCACAAGACGUUUGAUACCAUUCUCGUCCUCGACUUUGGCUCCCAGUACACGCAUCUCAUCACGCGCCGACUCCGCGAACUCAAUGUCUACUCAGAGAUGCUGCCAUGCACUACCAAGAUUGCCGAUCUGCCAUUUACACCCAAGGGAGUCAUUCUCUCCGGUGGUCCGUACUCGGUCUAUGAGGAAGGCGCACCGCACGUCGAUCACGCCGUAUUCGACCUAGGCGUACCAAUUCUGGGAAUAUGCUAUGGACUACAAGAGAUGGCAUGGCACUUUGGCAAGAACGCGGGUGUAACUGCAGGUGAGAAGAGGGAAUACGGCCACGCAACUUUGAAGGUUGAGAGCCACGGCGGACACAUGGACGAGCUGUUCAAGGACCUAGGAAACGAUGCGGAGGUCUGGAUGAGCCAUGGUGAUAAGCUCAGCGCCAUGCCCCAGGACUUUAUGACCAUUGCGACAACUGGCAACUCACCAUAUGCGGGUAUCGCGCACAAGUCCAACAAGUACUACGGUAUCCAGUUCCACCCAGAGGUGACGCAUACGAAGAAGGGAACGAUCGUGUUGAAGAACUUUGCUCUUGACAUUUGCCAGGCAAACUCAAACUGGACAAUGAGCAAGUUUGUGGACCAGGAGAUUACGCGCAUCAGAAAGCUUGUGGGUGACAAGGGCCAGGUCAUUGGAGCAGUCAGCGGUGGUGUUGACUCAACCGUUGCUGCGAAACUGAUGAAGGAGGCCAUUGGUGAUCGCUUCCACGCCGUCAUGGUCGACAACGGUGUGUUGCGACUCAACGAGGCAGUCCAAGUCAAGAAGACGCUUGAUGAGGGCCUAGGCAUCAACCUCACCGUAAUCGAUGCAUCCGACCUCUUCCUCGACCGCCUCAAGGGUGUAACCGACGACCCAGAGAAGAAGCGCAAAAUCAUCGGCAACACCUUCAUUGAAGUCUUCCAACAACAAGCCGAAAAGAUCAAGGCCGAAGCACACGAAUCCGCCAAUGCAGGCGAAAUCGAAUGGCUCCUCCAGGGAACCCUCUACCCAGACGUGAUCGAAUCUCUCUCCUUCAAGGGCCCCUCCCAAACCAUCAAAACCCACCACAACGUCGGCGGCCUCCCCAAAGAUAUGAAACUCAAAGUCAUCGAGCCUCUCCGCGAACUCUUCAAAGACGAAGUCCGCCAACUAGGCAAAGAACUCGGUAUCCCCGAGGACCUCGUCUGGCGUCACCCCUUCCCCGGCCCAGGCAUCGCAAUCCGCAUCCUCGGCGAAGUCACCCGCGAACAAGUGCGCAUCGCACGCGAAGCCGAUCACAUCUUCAUUGAGGAGAUUCGCGCUGCGGGACUUUACAAGAACAUCUCACAAGCUUUUGCGGCGCUGUUACCGGUUAAGGCGGUGGGCGUUAUGGGCGACAAGCGCGUGCAUGAUCAAGUUAUUGCACUCAGGGCAGUGGAGACGAGCGAUUUCAUGACGGCAGAUUGGUAUCCGUUUGAUGGCGAGUUCUUGAAGAGGGUUAGUCGGAGGAUUGUUAAUGAGGUUAAUGGUGUUUGCCGGGUGGUUUAUGAUAUUACGAGUAAGCCUCCUGGUACCAUUGAGAUGGAGUAA